CUCACAGUAACAAGGGUCGGUGUGACGGACUGGCAGACGGGCAAGUUGGAACUGCGCGAAGGUGUGGCAGCCGUCAUCAGACCUUCUUCAUUCACGUCUCAGAGAAAAUGUGGAACUUCCCCGCCGCAGUGUUCCAGUCUCUCUUCAAUUAAUGUUUAUGUAAUUGGCCCUAAAAGAAUUCCAGCGGAGGUGCGGGACUUGCGCUGCGGCUCCCAGCAGCUGUGAGGGCGAGCGGAGCGUCGCAGCGUGGGCUUCGCUCUGACGGACUCGAGUCUGCGACUGGAUCCUAAAGCUUGAAGUCAGUGUGUGGAAACACCGGCCAUGGUACUUGUUGGGAGCCACAUACCGAGCCCGGAGCCCGCUGUGUAACACAGCAGCAGCCUGUGAGGAGGUUGUAAUCUGCUGCAUCUCUGUUCUGAGACGAGUCACUCUCAGUUCCCCCUUUUCAUUUCUGUCUGGCCUUAUUUUUCACCUCCUCUCCCCUCCUGUCCAUCCUUGACACUGCUUGUGGAGCUGCCAUGCGCAGGUUCAGCUCAGAGGGAUCCCUCCUGGACCUGGACUUUCUCCCAUGGAAGAGGGUGGUGCUGAAGGACUCCAGCUAUGAGCGGGAGAGCGAGUCUGGCACCUACACCCCUCACCUGGAGGAAGACCAGCCGGACGGGAGGUCAGCCAUCCUUCCUGCUAUCCUACGGGAACCUGAAGUGAGUUCCGGUAAAGCGGGGAGGGGAGAACUGACUAAGGAGCACAGCAUCAGUGUAGAAAAUCUUAUGGAGCUGGGGAAACGGGAGAAGAACCAUCUUGCUGUGGGAGGCAUUGGUGAAGGCUACAGGGCCUACAGCGACAGCCAGCUGGCCCCGGACACCAAAGGCAGCACGGAGAGUGUAGAGAAGGACGAGCCUUGUACCACCCCCUCGUCUCCCCUCUCCCUCAAACACCAGCACACCCGGAGCAAUGCUAGAGCCAAGCUGUCAGCAGCCAAACUGCACCUCAAGAGUCUGUUUGGACAGAGUCCUCAUUCCUCAAACUCAAAUUUAUUCAACGCAGAGCAGAAAGACUGUCCUAAAGAAAGGAGGUCUCGCCUCCUGUUCAUGCGCCAGUGGAGUCAGGUUGGCCACAGUAACAUCAAGUUCAGUCGGCAAGAGCUGGAGAAAUGGGCCGAGUCCCUGAGUGACAUCCUGGCCAGCCGAUCUGGUGUUGCCGUGUUCGGUGCAUUCCUGCGCUCUGAGUUCAGCGAGGAGAAUCUGCAGUUCUAUCUGGCCUGUGAACAGUACAGGCAUUCUUCCAACAACUUCAGCCUGCAGAGGAGGGCCAAGGAUAUCUACGCCACCUACAUCCAGCCCGGCGCCCCCCGGGAGGUGAACCUGGACAGUAAGACCAGAGAUCUGACCAUCCAGCUGCUGCAGGCUCCAUCUCACACCUCUCUGUCUCAUGCACAGAAGCGCAUCUACUCCCUCCUGGAUACAGACUGCUAUCCCCGCUUCCUCCAGUCCAGCAUCUACCUCUCCUUGCUCCGAGAGGCAGACUAGAUGUGAGGGCUUAGAGCUUAGGACACACAUCAACACACGGCUGGGGAUUGGUGGUAGGUAGUCCAGGAAUUUUUUUUUUACUGAACACAGUGUAGACCAAGAAGUUAAAAAUAAGUUCACAAUGUCACUGUCAGUGUUUAGUAAAAAAAAAAAAAAAAAAAGUUUUAGGAGCAAAUGGCUUUGCACAUUGGCCAUGGAGUGACUGGAUGCAGGAAUUUGGAGACAAGUGGGUUUUGGUGUCUUUGAGCUGCAGGAAAAACAAGACACUCCACUGAGCAAGUAAAUAUGGAAACAGAGUAAGAGGCACUUCUUUCCCUUAGUUUAUGUGACCCAUGAAACUAUGCAGAUGUCAUUUUAAUCAUUAAACAUCCUCAUUUUUCUGGCCUCCCCACGGUCCAGUGAGCACAUUGAGUUUCCCUCACUGGCGGAACGGAAAAACAAGUUGAGCAAGAAUGGGCUCUUCACUGAAAAGGUCAAAGUGCUGUGUGAGUUCCUUAUAUGAGAAGGUGAGAAACCUGAGCGAGCGGACUCUGAUAGGUGAAAGGACUGCUUACAAGGAAGUUGGACUUUCAGCUCGCCUCAAAAUCUUCCACUCUGCUGUCUUCUUGAAACAGAUCACACACGCUGUUUAUACACCAAGCAUGUCAUUUCAAGGACCCUACCAGUGAUUUUGCAUGUUUCGCGUAAUAUCUGCAAAAUGUGUAUCCUUACCAGUUCUGCUGAUCUUAUCCCAAAGCAAGAAGUUGUAUUUUCCAAUUCCUCUCUUUUAUCCAACUAUUGGUGUCUAUUCAUUCCACUAUGAUAUGUAAAUGAACUUUCAGAGACUUCAAACUUUCCUCACACCAGUGUACCAUCACUGUGAUCAAGUCGUCCAUAUUAGUUUUCUGAAAAGCUGCGACACUGUUGUUUUGAUGACUUGAAAUUGGGCAGAGUGAAAUGCUUCCUAUGCCAGGGAAAAUAGUCCCCGGGGACAUACCAUAAAUGGACCAAACAUUCAAAAUCACUAGUAUGAUCCUGUGGUUUAUUUUGUUCUAUUUAAAAUGACCAUGUUGAGUAGCAUUUGUCAUUGUUGCUCUUGUAAAUAGAAUCACUCCCAUAAUGCGGCGUAACAUUUAAUAGGAACAAAGAAGAAAUAAGUGUUUGUAGAUGUUUCAGAAUGUUGAAAACGUGUAAAUAAUAAAAUGCGGUGUUUUUGUA